AUCGUAGUUGCCGAUACCAACCAUCUCAAGCGUCGUUGGUCUCUGGCCCACCUUGUUCUCGUCGCUGAGUCUGCGGUGAUCGAAGGCUCGGCUGCCCCACUCAGUCACCAUGGCCACCUCUACGACCACCUCUACGAUGCCCAGCGCUACCGGCUCCACCUCUUCUUCGGCAGUUCCAGCAGCAGUGCCAGACGACCUCUCUGUGCUCCUCGUCACAGCCGGAUACGACCACACCAUUCGCUUCUGGGAGGCAUGGUCAGGUAUCUGCUCUCGCACAAUACAGCAUCCGGACUCGCAGGUCAAUCGUUUGGCCAUUUCGCCCGACAAGCGCUACCUUGCCUCGUGUGGGGUGGGCGUGGUGAGGCUGUAUGACUGCAGGAGCGCGCUAGGCAUUGGAGGAGGACAACAGCAACAACAGCAGCAGCAGCAGCAGCAAGCUGGAGUCGCACCUGGUGUCACACAGCCCGUAGCCACAUUCGAGGGACACGUCGGCAACGUCACUUGUGUCGCAUGGCACUGUGAGGGCAAGUGGCUGGUCACUGGUGGAGAAGACGGGAUGCUCCGCAUCUGGGAUACGCGCUCUCCCCGGCCUCAACGAGUCUACGAUCAUCGCUCACCAGUCAAUGACGUCGUCGUUCACCCGAAUCAGGGAGAGCUCAUCUCGUGUGAUGCCGGAGGCAGCAUCAAGAUCUGGGACCUAGGCGAGAACGGAUGCUCUCACGAGCUCGUGCCAGAGGAGGAAGUGGGAAUCAGAAGCGUCAGCGUAGCAAGCGAUGGCAGCUGCCUCGUUGCAGGAAACAACAAGGGAAACGUCUACGUCUGGAGGAUACAGAGCGGCUCGUAUCCAACGCAGGGAGAGACGGCCGAGGCUGGCAAGUCAGCUGGUAAGCCCAUGCCGGGAGAGGGACAAGGGCAGGGAGGUGAUCAAGGCAGCGAUCGCGGAGGUCAGCAGCCUGGCGGGGACUUUACGGACCUGCAACCGGUGACGAAAUUCAGAGCGCAUGAUAAGUACCUCAUACGGUGUAUCCUGUCUCCUGACGUUCGGUGAUUACUCCUAGGUGUCUCCUCGGCCUCGGUACCCAUCAGACACUGACCAUACGUAUCAUUACAUCUAAUUACUCUUUCCCCAGCCACUUGGCAACGACCUCAGCGGAUACCACGGUGAAGAUCUGGUCCACCUCGCGCUACGACUUCUCCCUCGAGAAGACCCUGAUUGGUCAUCAACGCUGGGUAUGGGACGCUGCCUUUUCCGCCGACUCUGCCUACCUC